AUGGCCCUGAUCUCGCAGAUCGCCGCCGACGCCAAGGCCAUGGAGGACGAGACCGAUGCCGGUGCCAUCGAUGUCUGCCCCACGUUCGCCUCGCAGGAGCCCGGGGACGUGGACGAGCGUAAGAGGCAGAUGCGCGAGCUGCGCGACCAGCUCACCCUUGCCGAGAAGCGCCCUCGUGUGCACCUGGCGAUCCCCCAGGGUUUCGAGCGGGACGUCGAUGCCACGGUGGUCAUCAUGUGCCAGGCCGCCACCACCAAGCAGCUCGUCGGUGCUGCCCUCUCGGAGUGGUUGGCCGAGCUCGGCUUUCUUGAGUCCGAGUAUGAGAUCUCACCCGCGGGGCAGGCGCCCUGCAAGAAGUUCCUUCUCAAGUUCGGCGGCCUUGUUGCCGUGGAGUUCCACGUGGGCGCCCCAGGCGCCGCUCGGUCGCGCAUGCACCUUGGUCCAGAUAAGAACCCUCGCCAGAUCAAGACCGAGAUGUUGCUCCGCCGAGGUCGGUCGGCCACUGCUGAUGCCCAUCCCAACCUCCGCCUCUAUAGCGACGGCGACCGUGGCACGCUCUCGGUCGGGCGGGGCAGGAUCCUGCGCGUCGAGGUGGCCGCGGGCGUGGCGCCCGCGACUAUCGCGCGGGGCCCAGCGGCGCUGCAGAAGUACAACUUGUGCAAGUACAACCUUGCGCAGAUCACGCGCCACCUCGUGGCGCCGCAGGCCGAGCCUCAGCGGGCUCUCUUGCAAGCGGCCGGGGCCAAAGCUGCGCUCAAGAGGAGGUACUUGGAGAAGCUGAACACCGGUAAGAGCAUUGUAUCCCCCCAGGAAGUUCUGCAAGACGCUGGACAGCUUGGUAAAUUCAUCCGGGGCAUCGACCCCGCAGUCGCGAUCCACGCUUCACUUUGUGGCGACGCGCCUGAGGAGAGGGCGCGCGGUGGCGUGGCGAUCCUCCUUCCUGCGCUCGGUGCUGUGGAUGGUCAUCCUGUUCAGGGCCGCGCUGUUCCCCUGGCGGCUGGGCGCGCCAUCCGCGCUCUGGUCGAGGUCGCCGACGUCCAGCUUGACAUCUUCAACGUCCACCACCACGUGCUCACGACCGAGCAGGUCUCGUCGGCGGCGCAGGUUAGCCGCGGCGCCCGUGCGUUUGCGGCUCCGGGCCCAACCGAGCGCCUGGCCAUCGUCAACGGGGACCUCAACUUCGCAUCGGGGGAGGCGUUGGUCCUGCACGUGCCGCAGGCAGCCGUGCGUCGCGCGGCUCGGCGGCGCCGUGCGCGGGCAGCCUCCCGGCGCCUCGCGCUCGCCGAGCUGCUCGAGGCGGCGGACGCGUCGCGAGCUGAGCUUCGCAAGCAGUCCCUCGCCGCCGCCACCUCCGCGGGCGACUCUCCCGCGACCGCGCCCAGUGAGCGGCUCUCCUGUCUGCGGAGGUUCUGGGCCCCUGCGUUCUCGAAGAAGCCUUUGGACGAGUCCUGUGCGGCCGACCCGUCUGGCCUCGAGGCCCUCUGGGCUUGCCUCGAGUGGGCCCCAUCAGGCCAGGAGGUGCUCUUCGACGCGGCUAGUGCGACGAUCCAGGACAUCCCGACCCUCUUCUCAUUGGACUUCGGGCACGCGUUCCUCCCCCUGAAGCAGGACUACCUCAUGCUCGCUCUCGCCUCUCUCCAGCUCGCCUCCACCUUUUUGGUAUUCACGCCUUUCCUCUACCGUAUUUUACUUGGUAUUGCGGCGGUGGAGGUAUUUGGUGUCAUGACGUUGACUGGUCGAUUUGCAAACCUGGUGUUCCAAAUGCCGAAGUGCAAGAUGGUACCGUUAUCAGAAGCCUUUAGUGACAGCCUCCGUCAACGUCUCCGGGCUUGCGUCGAGCUUGUCGCCCCCGCCUGGGCCUCGUACGAUAUAGUUGAGUGCCUGCUGCAGUUGGGCGUCUGGCUUGGGCCCGCAGUUGAUCUCGAGCGGCUCUUGAGGGACCCGAUCACCAAACUUCGCUUGCGUGCCCGUGCUUUGAGCGCCGGCCUCGCUCCCGCUUCGGUGUGUGCGAGCAUUGACAACUCAAGAAUUGUACCAACCCUCUCUUACAUUGCUGAAUACUGGCGUCUGCCUCCCGAUGCUCCGCUCCUGGAGACGGGCUUUCUCGCCCAAGUCUUCCGCGUGGCGCUCGGCAUCUUCACGGCCGAGGCGCGGUCCCAGAACGGGCUGUGGAGUGGGCCGCGCGCGGCGCGGUGGCCCCAUCUGAAUGCAGCGUCGCUGUUGCGGGCAUCCCUGGCCACCUUCCCGCAGUGCACGCAGUGCAGUGAGAUCUCGCCCAGUCUGCAGGCGCGCGCCGAGUCGCUUGCCCCCGAGGCGCCCUUGUUCCGUGUCUGUGCGCGCGCCCACGUCCGCAGCGCGCUGCGCAUCUUGCGACGCGGGAUCGAGCUCUUCGCACUGCACCUCUCCGUGACCAUGUCCGGCGACGAUUGCUCAAGUUCGUUGAACGCUUGCCCUGGCGUCUUCUGCGAAAAGAUAAGUGGCACCGCUGAGAACGAUGGCCCCGACGUGCGCAAUGACGCCCGCUGCCUCGAUUGCCGCGGGGAGAUCGGCGACGCCGCGAACACCGAUUGCCGCCAGAAGUUUUGUUGUUCCGAGUGGUCCGCGGUCGCCCGCUGCAUCAGUGGCCGCGCGAAGCUCUGCAUCGCCGAGGGGAACUGCGACGCCCGCCCCUGCGCGCCCGCCACGCCGCUGGUCGACGGAGCUGCCGUGCUGUUGCCCUCUGCCGUCUCGCCUGCGAGGCGCCUAGCGCCCCACCCAGCGGCCGGCCUAAGCUCCACCGUGGCGACAAGGGGCAUGGCCAUGCCCGCCGCCCGGCGGGCGGCCCUGGCCGCGGCGCUGGGGUCGCUCGCGUGCUCCGGGGUCGCGCAGGCGCGGUGCCCCGUGCGCCUCCUGGAGAACGUCACCACCGAGGACGGCUCGCCCGACGGGCUGCGCCUUGUGGACGACGGCCUGGCGCUCCUCGCGGGGCUGCGGUCGCCAGUGUUCAUGGUGCCGGUCAUCGGCGUGUACCGGGGCGGCAAGUCCUUGUUGCUGAACCGCCUGCAGGGCCUCACGUCGCCGUACGCCGGGGGCUUCGGGGUGGGCCACGGGCAGGACACGUACACCAGGGGCAUCGACGUCUGCCCCGAGGAGAUCGACGGCCUCGGCACGGUGGUCUGGAUGGACACCGAAGGCCUCUUCUCCAGGGAGGACGCUCGCGGCGCUUUCGGCCCGAAGAUCUUCAGCCUGGCUCUGCUGUUCUCGUCGGCGGUCAUGCUCAACAGCGUGAAGGUCCUCAACUCCCAGUUCUUCGAGUUCUUCGAUCAGCAGCAGCAGCUGGCACGGGUGCUGCGGCGGGGUCUCGAGGAGGACUUGAGGGCCUUCCAGUGGACGCGCUGCUGCCGGCGAACCUCAGCGUCGUCUGGCUGUUGUCUCACCAGUCGAGAGCGGGGGCGGGGCGACCCCCGAGCAGCUCGAGGCGUUCCUCACGGUCCCCGGAGACGAGGCCCGGGCGUGCGUGAGGCGGGACUUCCGGCACCAGCUGCACGAGGUGCCCAGGGCCACGGACAGCUCCCGCCUCUGGUCCCGGCUGCACGAGGUCCCGGACGCCGACCUCUCGCCCGAGUACGUGGCCGCGUGCCGGUCGCUCCGAGAGAAGGUGCUGCUGGAGCUGAGGGACUCCCGGCCGCUCACGGCCUCGGGCGUCGUGGCGCAGAUGUACGUCGAGCUGGUGCAGACCGAGCGGUUCAGCGGCGCGCUGGCGAAGGACCGGCCUUCGAGGAGGCCGAGCUGAGCAGCCUCUGCGAGCGAUACGGUCAGACGGCCGAGGCGCUGGCAGGCCAGCUCCCUGUACAGGGCCUGGACGACGCAUUCGAGGGGGCGCGCAAGGACAUGGAGCCGCGACGGGCGACCGUCAUGGAGGCCUUCCACCUGGGCAAGAAGUGGUCGCAGCAGCUCGAGGCGUGCUUCCGCAGUCGGCGCGGCGAGCUCGAGAGGCUCAACUCGGAGCUGGUGAUGGCCCAGUGGAAGGCCAAUGCCAGUAGCAUCGCGGAGGAGGGGGACUGCUUCUUCUUGCACCGGCUCAUGCGCCUCCUGGGGGACUACGAGGCCGCCUACGCGGAGGGGCUCGGGCUCGACUUCCGGGAGCAGGCCACGGAGCACGGGACGGCGCUGCAGCGCGCACGGCUGGUGCAGUGCGUGCAGCUCGGCCACUUCCUGUGGCCGCUGGCCCCGUGGGUCGCCGGACCCAUCACGAGCGCGUACCUGCGGGCGGGCAUCGUGUCGGGCAUCGUGCAGAUGGUCUUCCAUAUCGUUAUUUUCGCUGGCCUGUACGGCGUGCUCCAGUUCCUCCAGCAGCUGCCGCCCUACCUGGACGUGACGUACCCCCUGCUCCGCAAGCACCCGGCGCUGCUGGAGGUCGUGAUGCGCGCGCCGCCCGUGAUCCCUUGGAUCACCGCUGCCCACUACAUCGGAGUCAUAGGCAGUCUGUGGAGCGCGUGGAAGGUCUUGCAGGCUGUGAUGUCAAUACUGAAGCCAAGGGGCGUUGUGGUCACCGGAGACAUGGCGAUCAGGCAGUCGACCAAUCUGGAGUUGAAGAUCAAUUGCCAACUCAAGAGGGCGGAGGCCGCUUUCAAGCACCAGGUGGUGGUGGCCGCUCUGAGCGCUGCGCGGCACCUGGAGGAGGGCAGCGCCAGGAGCGCGGCCAGGGCCCUGCUGCAGGGGCUUUCCCUGGUGUGCGAGGUGAGCGCCAGCGACCAGGACUUGGACGCCCUGUUUCCCCGGGGCCUCCGCGGCAGGGCCGAGGAGGUGGUGGACGCCCUUGACAUCCAGAGGGUACCCUCGGAGAGCCAUGGCCACGCUCUGGAGCAGCUGGAGGGCGAGGGCCACGCCCUGGUCGGGCUCGUCGCCAGGGUGCGGUGCCCCGACGGCUGGGAGACGCUCGUCGGCGAAAUGGUGGAGAUGCUCGCGUGGCUCGGCGCCCCCGAGCCCGAGGGCUCCGGCGACGGCUUCAGCUCCCACGAGACGGCCACCGCCACGCCGCUGCGCACGCCGCAGCGCACGCCCUCCCCCGCACGGCGGCUCCGCCGCUCGCUCGGGGGCGCGUCGGACGCGGAGACCCCCGGCAGCAUGUUCGCGUCCUCCAGGAAGUCACUGCCCAGCGGCUCGUUGCGGGAGGCCGUGGGCGAGAGCCCGCCGGGCCCGCGCCACGGCGAAGGGCCGGCCGGGCCGGCCGACAGCCCGGGGCGCUUCGAGACGCCGGGGGCCUGGUCGGAGAGGCCGUCGGACGCCGCAGGGGGCAGCCCGCCGCCGCCGUCGGACGCCGCAGGGCGCAGCCCGCCGCCGCCGGAAGAGCGGAGCGUCGUCUUCCAGCCCGGGGGCAUCGGCGUGGAGGGCGACUUCAGGCACGGCGUCGUGGAGAACGUGCUGGAAGGUGGCCAGGCGGCGCGGCAGGGCGUCGAGCCGGGUUGGGUGAUGUGCAGCGUCGACGGCGAGCCCUACGCGGAGCAGCUCAUCGACGAGAAGAUCGCAGGGUCGGAGCCUUUCGCCGUCACCUUCCAGGUGCCGGAUCGGCUCGACGAGGAGGGCGCGACCGACCACGACAGGGCGAGGCUGCAGGUUUCGGCGGUCGUGGGCGUGAUACUCGGCGUCGUGCUUGUCCCUGGCCUCCUGGCGUGGUUUGGCAGUGCGGGGCUGCUGCCGGGGAUGACGCAGCGGCCGCGGGGCGCUGGCGAGCUCUGA